AUGAAAUCAAUUAGAUCGAUUAUAUGUUAUUUAACAUUUGUACAGUAUGCACAUUUAAUUACUCCUCUGUGGUGGAAUAUUGGUUUGCAGCAACAGCAAAAAUCUCCAAUUAUAUUGAAUCCCUAUUUAAAUUCUGAUGAACAACAAGAACAACAGCUACAAACCGACGAAUUUCUAGAUGACCCUUCACAAUACUGUUCAGCAUGGACUGGACUAAGUAUCGGUCAAAAACAAAUAUGUUUACUUCAUGCAGAUCAUAUGCCAAUUAUCAGUCAAGGUACAGCAAAAGGUAUUCAAGAAUGUCAAUUUCAAUUUCAAGAUAGACAUUGGAAUUGUUCAAUUUUACAUGAUGGAACUGUGUUUGGUCGAGUUUUAAAACAAGCAAAUCGUGAAACAGCAUUUGCUAAUGCCAUCUUCUCAGCAAGCGUCACGUACGCUGUAUCGCGUGCUUGUAAACAAGGCCUAUUAAAAUCGUGUACAUGUAGUAGAAAAUCGAGACCAAAAAGUUUACCCAGAGAUUGGUCUUGGGGCGGAUGUGGCGAUAACAUUGAUUAUGGUUAUCGGUUUUCCCGUGAUUUUGUUGAUACACCAGAGAAUGAAAUUAAACUAGAUACGCCAUCAGUUUCUCCAAUUCUACUCGAUGCGAUGAAUAAUGUAGAAUUACCUAAUGAAUAUUCGAUAAUUAAUCCUGUCAACGAUCAUUUAUUAUUGAGUAAAAGACGAGAAAUGAAACGUCGAAGAAUACGUCGACAAAUGAAUCUACAUAAUAAUGAAGCAGGGCGAAGAGCUGUCUAUCGUUUAACACGUGUCGUGUGUAAAUGUCACGGUGUAUCAGGAUCAUGUUCUUUGCGUACGUGUUAUCAACAAUUGCCAACAUUUCGUGAAAUUGCUACAUUUCUUAAAGAGAAGUAUGAUAGUGCCGUGGAGGUACGUUUUAGUGGAAAUACUAGUAAUAAAAAUCGACAACAACCACAAAUUCGCACACGCGAUCGACGUUUUGCCGGACCAACCAAAGAUGAUCUUAUCUACGUUCAUGAAUCAAAUUUUUGUGAUUAUAAUCCGAGAGUUGGUUCGUUUGGAACAAAAGAUCGCCUAUGUAAUAAAACAUCGUAUGGUUCCGAUAGUUGUAAAUCAAUGUGCUGUGGACGUGGAUAUAAUACUAUAAGAAAAUAUGUACAAGAGAAAUGUAAUUGUAAAUUCGUUUGGUGUUGUUCAGUCCAGUGUUUAACAUGCACCAAGCUAAUUGAAAUACAAGUUUGUAAAUAG